GUCUGGUUGGUUGGAGCUCGAGACAAAAUCCGCUGGUGAGAGAGCGAGGAAGGAGAGAUAUGUGAAAAUAUCUGCUUGUUUGAGUCUUCUGUUACUUUUAAAAUGGAGAACUCCUCCAAAGAAGACUACAAGAUCCAGUCAUUUGAUUUAGAGACUCAAAAACUCCUCAAAACUGCCUUGAAAGACCCAGGAUCUGUUGACCUGGAGAAAGUGUCCAGUGUGAUAGUGGACCAGUCUCUGAAAGACCAGGUCUUCAGCAGGGAGGCCGGACGCAUCUGUUACACCAUUGUCCAGGCAGAGGCCAAACAGACGAACGGGAGUGUGUUUCGGCGUAAUCUGCUCAAUCGACUGCAGCAGGAGUUUAAAGCCAGAGAAGAGACGAGGAAGAGGUCGACUCAGGAGUGGGUUUGCCUCGUGUCCUUCAUCUGCAACAUUUUUGACUACCUCAAGGUCAACAACAUGCCCAUGGUGGCUCUGGUUCACCCGGUCUAUGACUGUUUGUUCAGACUGGCCCAGUCAGAUGCCCUGAAGAAUGAAGAGGAGGUGGACUGUCUGGUGCUGCAGCUUCACCGUAUUGGAGAUCAGCUGGAGAAGAUGAACGUUCAGCUCAUGGAUGAGCUCUUCAACCUGCUGCGGGAUGGGUUUCUCCUACAGGAGGAUCUGAGCUCCAUGGGACGCCUGCUCCUGCUGGAGAUCCUGGAGUUUCGUGCAGGAGGCUGGAAGCUCAGCGACACAGCUCAGAAAUACUACUACAGUGAAGUGACGGACUGAGACUCCACCAAUCAGAGGAACAUGAAGACAUUGGAACCAAGGAUGGAGGUUUCAUUUUUAAGAUUGAAGAGAUUGUACUUGUUAUAUUUUACUUUCACUCCUUUUGUGUUCACCAAACAUGUUUAAAUCAAGUGAAGAUCUUUUUACAACCAAGUUAACCAUAUUAUUAUUUUUUCUACUACUGCUGCUAGUGUCCAACAUUCUUCAAAAUAUCUUCCUUUUGUGUUCAACAGAAGAAAACAAAAUCCUAAAGUUGGAAUCACAGGAGGGAGAGUAAAUGCUGAGUUCAUUUCUGGGUAAAAUAUCUCUAAGGCUGCAUCUACACGGCAGAUCCUAAUGGUCAAUUGCGAAUUUGUGACCGUAUCUGAUUUUUUUUGAUGACCCACUUGCGUUAUCUUUUAAAAGUUGAUGACUCUUGUCCAAUUGUCUGCAUUUACACUGCACAAUGACCUGGGAAAAAAGA